UGCGCAGUUCGGCUCUCUGCUCGAACUGAGAAGUGACGCACAUUUUUUUUCACAUUAGGAGACAUUUAUUUUUAAACAAAAACGAGCGGGAAUAGACCGUGGAUGACAUCACAUGUUUCGAAAUAUAUCACCGUUUUAUUGGCGGAUUCGUUUCGUAUUUUUAUUUGUUUUUGUUUUUUUAUUGUGAUCAUCACUGAUGCAUGCGCAGCUCCGGAGGCGCGCGGAGAGGAGGGAUGACAUCUGCUGACAUGGAGGGAGGCUCGUGCUUCAGCCUCAUCUAGAAUAGCAUGGAUAACAAGUCCCUGUCUGACCAGCUCUGUGAUGCCUCAGCUACUGGAGACCUAGAAACAGUGCUGCAUUUACUGGAAAACGGAGCACCAGUCAAUGGACGCAACAGAUUCAACAGAACCCCGCUGCAGGUGGUGAAGUGGGGCUGCACUCCGGUCGUGGAGGCCCUGCUCCAAGCCGGGGCGGACGUCACCGUGCGCGACCCGGUGCUCGACCUCACCGUGAUGCACGACGCGGCCCGCGCAGGAUUCCGGGAUUCGGUGCGCGCGCUGCUGAACUACGAGGCGGACGUGAACGCGGUGGACCAGCUCGGGAACCUGCCGCUGCACCUGGCCGCCGCGGAGGGGAACCUGGAGGUGGUCCAGCUGCUGGUAGGACUCACCGGGAACCCCGGGGCCGCCAACGGCGCCGGUCUGAGCGCCCGGCAGCUCGCCGCAAGCAAAGGGAAAAUGGAAACCGCGCAGUGCAUCGACCAGUAUCUGGCCCAGAACUAGAGCAAGAGGAAGAACACAAAGAAGAGGAUUUUAUUUUCAUCCUUCUUAUGCUUUUGCUUUUGUCUUUCUACAAAUAUUUUAACACCGUUUUCUAGAUUUUUUUUUUAAAUGUCUCGUUUCACGUAACAUUUAUGAAAUGCUCCAAUUAGAGGCACACAUGUACCAGUUUAAAUCCAUACUUUGGAGACCAAGCAUACAUGUACAGGUAAAAAAAAAGAAAGAUAAAAGAAAGAGAUGCUACUUUGGAACACCAAAAAGCACAAUAAUUGGUUCACAUCUGAUUAGAAAGGUGAACUCACACGUUCUAAUUCUAGUGCAACCACAGUACAUGUUCCACUUUUAAAAAUCUUCUAAAAGGUCAGUUUUCUGUUAAAACUUUAAGAGUAUAUUCAUGUUUAUUACUGUGAUAAUAGAGUUAUUGGUGGUUUAACACGUAAAUUAAUAUCCAUCCGACUGUAUUAAUCAAACCAGAGCAUUAUCAUCUGUGUAAAGCUUUAUUACUGUUGCCUUACGUUACAUUUUACAGGCAUAACUAAUGAAAUGAGCAUUGCUAAGCGUAUACUGUGCCACAUUUAGAGGGACUGGAGAUAUUGGUAGUUCAGUCAGAACUCAUGCGAUCAGUCAAUCACACUCAUUUGGGGAGUUUCACUACUGCAGCUACGUGUCAUUCACAGAAAUGGGACUUCCUCUGCGCCUUGUCUUGGAAAACACAAAAGAGUCAGCGUUUUAUUGUGCCAGCAGACGCUUUGUCAGAGUCAAAGUGGACAAAGACAUGAUGCUAUUUUAAGAAAAGCUAAGAAAAGUGUGGAUGAAAGUCCAACGUGUGACUUGAAUGAAGCUAAUAAAUGAGUUCAAGGUCACACGGUGAGGUCACGUCGACGCAGGUUCGAGUAGCGGAGAUAACCACGUGAUGCUAAAGCUUAUUUUCAGUAGACUUUUUGGAUUGAUUCUGGAUAAUGAAGUCUAAUAAUACUGCCGCAGAUCCUGUACAUAAUGUCGGGCAGUAUUCCUACAUUAGUUUGGUAUCCGUUAUUCGAAAACAAAUCUUUAAAGCUGGUUUGUUUGUCUGACACACAUCAGACCACAAAGACAUGUAAUAAACACAACAGGUGCACUACUGUGGGUGAGAUAAAAGACUGAACGGAGCGUUUCUUUCCCUUAAGCUCACACGGUCGGGUUCAUCCGUUAUUGGUCAAAGUAGUCGAGAUGAUCGUGUUACUCUGAAGUAGAUUUACAUUUUUGGACUGAGACUGGACAAAGAAGUGAAAUGACAUGAUAAAAUCGUGGUUUCCUGUUGUGUCAGUUUUACAGGAAGUCUGGUUAAGCAACAACUCAGGCUUAAGCCGGACAGUUAACCUGAUCUGAGCCGGUUAGUUUCCCCUCUUUAAGUAACUGAGCGUGGGCUGCGUUAGAUUUGUCUCAAAAGGAACCAAAAUAAUCUGAAAGUAAGUCAGGCUAACUGAAAUAAGUCUGGCUUUUAUGGUCAGUUUGCUUUACGGAAACAGGCCCUCAGAUGUGCAGAACAAACACACUACAAACUUCCCCACUGUGGGAUUAAGACGGGCUUCUCCUAAACAUCUGUCAAACCCGAGGAAACGUUGUGAAGUCAGAGAGCUAACAUCAUGUCAGAAACAAAACUCCUAAAGUCACAGGGAUGAAAAAAAGGUACAAAAGUUCAGCUAUAAAUAUCUGUGAAACUCGGCAGCUUUGAUGUAUUCAGUUCUUUAUUAUAACCAAAGGAAUCCACGUGUUUGACGUCUGUGGAGCAGCGAGUCGAUGAUCUUUUCUAUUACCUGGAACUAUAAUGAAAACACUUUUUUUAAUUUACUAUGUUUUGUAUGAUUUCUAAACUUGGAUGUGUUCAAGAACAGCUGUGAAAAUAUAAAGACCUUUACUUCCA